UCCAUCUGAAUUUUUUUCAUUCCCUCUCAAACUUCAAAAGAAUAUUUCAUAUUUCGGUGAAUUAUUUUGUAUAAAAUAAUUAUUUAAAAUGCGUUAAAGCAAGCAAAACGCGUAUACAGUUUUGAGUUAAAUGCAGUGUCAUAAUAUGAAAUUGGAAAGUGUGCUUAAAUGAGUAAAUAGAUCAUCUAAAGUUUAUUAACAAAAAAAGCGAAAGGCUAGAGUGAGAAAUUUGUAACCAAACUUGAAACAAUUUAAAGUAAUUUAAGACAAAGUCUGUUGAUUCGUAAACUAAAGUAGUUACUUUCUGAGAUGGUGGGACGAGAAAUAUCUCCAACAGAAGUGGGCAAACAUGCCAAACUAAUAAAAAGUGCCCAAGAGGAAAUGGCAACAAUGGAUGUUUUAGUUUGUGGACGGUGUCUGAAUGUCUUUCAUUUCAUUGAGGAUUUUAAGAUGCACAAGCAAAAGACUUGCUAUAAGGAAAACAACAACGUUCGUGAGUGCAAUGAUACCAAACCGAAGAUAUGGGCAUUCUUGCUUUGGAAGGCCACACAGCUCCACAACAAUAAAGACAACAACAUCACCAGUCCAAAUUCAUGGGCCCUCUACCAAACAUGGGUGAAGAUGGAUGAAAAUCUAAGGGAAACUUGGAUUGUGGCGGGAAAAACUAUACAAUCGUUUGCCAAGGUCUCACAGGGAAAUCUGCAAGAAAUGCCCGUUAAAAUAACAAAGACUGUAGUAAAUAACAACAGUGGAGACGGAAUAUCACCUGGAAGAAAACCAUUAACCCAAACAAAGCCACAGGUGGCAAAUCUCAAGCCACCCGUCAAAUUAAAUAUUAGCAACAAAUCGGCAGUAGAUUCAGAAAAUGAAACGUCGCCGCUUAAAAGCCCUUUAGCAAAUAAUGCCGUACAAAAAAUUAUGCCCAAGAAACCAGUGACUGUUUCUCCGCAAUUGCCCACCAAACCACCACCAGCUACUGUAACACCAGCAACAACUGCCACCACACCCGGUGCUGCUAAACCUUUGACACGUCGUGCCAAGCGAUCUGUACCCAAUAGUGAAGAUAUCGUCGAGGAGAAUGUUGAGAAAAUCGUGGCCAAACGCUUUAAUCCUCGUCGAAGAAUGCACGAAUAUCUGGUUAAAUGGGAAAAUCGUGCUUUGGAGCAAAACACUUGGGAGCCGGCUUCACACUUGGAAAAUGUGCCCCACUUGCUAGACACUUUUGAAAAGCAAUUGGCCCGUCAAAAGGAAACACGGGCAGCUCUGCAAGCAAAACAACAAGCUGCCGCUGGAACUCCUGUGCCAGGCAACAAACUUGGCGAUAUAAAAGUAGCUGCUAAGGAUUCUCCAACACAACUGCAGCAAUCUUCACCUUUAGAUACUCAAAGAUCACAAUUGGCAUCGCCAUCAGAUAGACCACAGCGUUCGUCGAAGACCAAAGCUAUGGACCAAGUAAAGCAGUGGGUAGCAGGAAAUUCCUUAUCAUCGGCCCAUUCCCCAAACUCGGAUGCGGCCUCCCAUCAAAACGAAAACGAUAAAGACUGGCCCUUAAAUACCAGCACGGGUUCCGGUCAAAUGGGAGGCCUUAAGCGCAAGCUGGAUGAUUCUGAUUAUAACGAUUCUAAUGCUGAGGACAUGCCAGCAAGCACAACAAACACAAUGGAAGAUUUGGAGGAAGAUCUUAUACCGUCUCACACACUGAAAAAGAUGAAAUAUGGCAAUUCAGUGUCGGUAGAAGUAAAGACUAAAACAGAUAUGACUAAGCAAAUCAAAGUCAAUGGAACUGCGGCAGCCCGUAGCGAGAAUCAAACUGCUGUCACCACAUCCUCGUCGUCGGCGGAGGUAAUUAUAACUCAAGACACAAGCGCAUCAGGAGUUGUCAAGAAACCAGGUUUCACUGGCACAAGUAGUAAUAAUAAGCCUGAGGCUCAAGUACGUAUACUUUCCAAAGGAGAAUCCGCCAUUUCCAACUCUGGUAUAGUUCGUGUGGGUAGUUCCAAUGAGUUAAAUGCUGCCACGUCUUCUCCCUUACAAUCCCCACAUACCACACCCGUUUCCGAAAACAAAACCCAACAAUUGAUUUCUAGAACUCAGCACGUCCGCACUGUUGCUAAUACCACUGGACGUUCUACACCCACAUCUGGCAGACCAAUGGUACAGCAACAAAUUGUUCGCACACCAAGCGGAACAACAAUACAACGUAAAAGUAUACCAGCAUCAGGCAAUUCUAUACAACGAGGUCCCGGUGGUACUUUACAAUCGCGAACCAUGUCCCAGUCUUCUCCCUCAUCGGGUAGAAUGAUUAUACCACGCCAGGGAAUGUCAGCUUCCAGUACACCUAGAUUGGGCCAACAGAAGGCGGUCACGCCCGAACAAAAAAUAUUACAACUUUCCAAAUCGGGUGACUUGAAAGUGACGAAGAAAGUAAUGACGCGUGAAGACGUGGUAGCACAGCGCCAGCAACAUCAGCAGCUGCAACAGAGACAGCGACAACAUUCUCAAGUACAUAUACAAAAGGUUCAGCAAUUAUCUGGUCCCGCUCAACGCAAUACGUCCAUGGCUCAAAGAAAACAAAUCCACCAACAACAACAUCAAGUAGUUCAUCAUCACCAGCAGCAGCAACAACAACAACAACAGCAGCAGGAGGAAGAACAUCAGGCGCGUCUUUGUCCCAUAACCGGAAACAUCAUUGGUGGAAGUCAACAGGAGGAACAGCAAAAUUUGCAGGUCCAAACCCAACUAGAACAGCAGCAGCAUCAAAUAACACUGCAGCAGGAACAACAGCAACUGCAUGAUAUUGAUCCCAAUCUACUUCUUACCCAAGAUCAAAUGCUUACCAAUGAAGAUGGUACCCCAUUGUUGGUCACGGGUGAAGAUGGCACCGUUUAUCAGGUUGCUGGUAAGAAUGCCGAAGGACAAACGAUUUUAGUGACACAAGGACCAGAUGGCGAACAACACUUUGCCUAUGUAGCUGCUGCCGAAGGCGAAAACGAGAAUCAAGCCUUUGCCAUAGACAAUGCCGCUGUAGCUGAAGCUGUAGCACAGUUACCCGCUGAUCAACAAGCUGAAGCACUGGCAGCUGUUGCUGCAGGCGAGGCUGGUAAUGGUGGUGGUCAGUAUUUGGUUAAGACAACCCAAGAAGAUGGCACGACUCAAGUAGUUACCAUGACGGAGGCAGAACUUCAGCAGCAUCAGGCAGCAGUAGCUGCGGCGGCAAAUGCAACUCCUGCAGCAACCAAUCAAUUAUGUAUACAAACCGGAGAUGGUUCAGAUGGACAAGCCAAUAUACCCGCAGAGGUGGUACAAGCGGAAUUACCCUCUCCAGGCGGAACUCGACGAGUUGUAUUACUUUUACAGGAUGGCACAUUUAUGAUGACCGAAAUGCACGACGACGAGUUUAAGGCUCUAAAUAUUGCAGCUUAAUUUGAUAGGUACGAGAUUUAGGAACCUUACACUUUAUAGUCAUCACAAUUACCACUCUUCCCGAUGCCACUAAUCUGUGAAGAAUCAUAUAUUGUUGCAAGGUCAUUAUUUUAAGUAUACAUUAAUUACAUUUUAUAUAGAAGGUAAACAAUUGUAAACUGUUUAAUCUCCUGCUUUUCACUUUAAACAAAUACUGUACAUUAUUUAAAUUUUCGUUUCGUCGUUAAGUUGUUUUACAUUACCUUUAUCGUUUUACUUAUCAACUGCUCCUGCAACAAAUCGUCAUUCUCCCCUAGUAGAAGAACUUUAUCCAAUUUAAUGGAUAUACAUGAAUAUAUCUAUGUCGGAUCUAUCAACAUAGAUACCCCAAACCCAUACACACAAAAUAGAAGAAAACUUCGCAAGCAUAGAAUUACAUUUCGUUUA